UUUGGUGCUACAGGCAUUCACAACUUCACAUCACAGAGAAGAAGAAGUCUACCUUUACAAGGAAGAAGCUACAGAGAGUGAGCCAGCAGUCAUGUAUUCAACAGUCGUCUUUUGCCUUCUCGCCUUGAGCGGCACACCAGCCAUGCCUGUUACAGACCAGGCGAACAGCACUCAAGCGGUAACGGAAAAUAUUCUAAACGCCACCGAAGCGCAAGACGUCACCGUGCAGCCAAUAGUAGUCAACGUUACAGAACAGGUCGACGCGUCGCAGCCGACAACAACACAGUCCACGUCAUUGGUCACUGACGACAACGCAGUAACGAAUGCAUCUACAGCGACCGAAACAGUCGUGAUUGAAACGACUACCGAGUCAACAAAGUUUACAUGUGGAGGAAAGGCCGCCGGUCUGUAUGCAGAUCCAGACAACUGCUACCAGUAUUACGAGUGUGUUGAGGGCUUCAGCACCGCGUUCCUCCGACUCUGUGCGCCGGGAGGACCCGUCUUCGACCCCGCCAAACAGCGCUGCGACUGGCCGGAGAAUGUGCCCGCUCCUUGUGGGACGAAGGUUCGGAACGAAGGAAGUAUCCGAGCUAGGUCCAGUCUGAUGGCCAGGGCUUCUUCCACCUUCACUUGUACGGGGAAGCAGCCGGGCCUGUACGCCGACCCUGCCGACUGCUCCAUGUACUACGAGUGCGUGCUGGGCCACCCCGUGUACCACCGGCCCUGUGCUCCGGGGGGAACCGUGUAUGACCCCGCCAGUCUUAGGUGCAUGUGGCCCUAUGAAGUUUCCGGUCCUUGCGGGACACUGAGUGCAAAUCUUUUGACUGACCAAACUGCUCACGAUGUCCCCGUCCCCUCCACCUUCACCUGUGCGGGGAAGCAGCCGGGCAUGUACGCCGACCCUGCCGACUGCUCCAUGUACUACGAGUGUGUGCUGGGCCACCCCGUGUACCACCGGCCCUGUGCACCGGGAGGAACCGUGUAUGACCCCGCCAGUCUCAGGUGCAUGUGGCCCUACGAAGUGUCCGGUAAUUGCGGGACACUGAGUGCAAAUCUGUUGAUUGACCAAACCUCAGCGAACGUUCCUGCUCACGAUGUCCCCGUCCCCUCCACCUUCACCUGUACGGGAAAGCAGCCGGGCAUGUACGCCGACCCUGCCGACUGCUCCAUGUACUACGAGUGUGUGCUGGGCCACCCCGUGUACCACCGGCCCUGCGCCCCGGGGGGAACCGUGUAUGACCCCGCCAGGCAGGAGUGCAGGUGGCCCUAUGAAGUGUCCGGCCCGUGCCGAGCUUACACCGUACCAUCUAGCCAGACCGAACGAUUCUCGUGUGCGGGGAAGGCGCCCGGUCACUACCCCGAUCCUGACAGCUGCAGCCGGUACUACGAGUGUACCCUGCUCAGCAGUGAGCCGUUCCACCGGGACUGUCCGCCGGGAGGCCUGGUGUUUGACGCCGAGAGGCAGUACUGCACCUGGCCGUGGUGGGGCAUGUCCGGACCGUGCGCGAAUUACGGACAGUGAGGGAAAAGGCGCAGAGCUUCCAAACCCGUCGACUCAUCUCAGCUGGACUGAGGCCUACGUCAUACAAAGAAGUGAACUAAUAGUUUGAUUAAAAUUAUAAAUAGCAAAAUAAUUCUGCCUUUGUAUAUUUCGUUCGUCCAUCAUUUAUAACAUGAUAUAAUGACUGGAAGGUUUUGGAAUACAUGUGCAAUAUCCUGGGAAUAUUUUGAAGUUCCUUUUGGUAUUCUUCAGUGUCUUAUACUGUACAGUAUUUAUAGUA